AUGUUUGCACGCAUUGGCAUGCUGUCACUCGCUCUAUCAUGCAUCACCAACGGUCUCGACUUGGACGUCAACAGUCAAGACUCCAUCAAGUCGACUGCGAAAAAGCUGGCGAGCGGCAUCGUGUCCGCCUACAAAGCCAAUCUCAGCGAUAUUGGCAUCCCAGGCAUCUUCGUUGAUUACCGUGAGCCAGAUUUAAGCUAUUCCGAGACAUACGACUUCACAUCCGGUGUAGAGUUCUGGAAAGCCGGCGCCGUGUUCGGCGGACUGGUCGAGUACUCGUACCUAACCGGCGACACUCAGUACGAUGCGCUUGUCUCUGAAGGCAUGCAGUGGCAAUCUGGCGAAGGCAGGAAUUUCAUGCCUGUGAACCAGUCCGAAGUGCUGUUCAGCACGGCCCAUAGCGCCUGGGGCCUCGCAGCCAUGACUGCUGCUGAAAUGGGAUUCUCCAAGCCUAAGAAUGGCGACUGGAUCGACUAUGCGAAAAAUGUGUUUGAUAUUCAAGCCAGUCGUUUUGAGGAAGAGGACAGAGAUGGAACUUGUGGUGGGGGUCUGCCCCUGUGGAGAGACCCGUUCACUAUUAAAGACAUGGGCUCCAACGGCAAUCUUUUCCUCCUCGCAGCUCGCCUAGCAAGAUUCACCGGCAACCAGACUUACGCAGCGUGGGCUGAUAAGACAUUUUCAUGGGCAAAGGAUGUUCGUCUCAUUGUUGAUGUAGACGAAAAAAAGUCUUUUCCAACGGAUUACCGUGUCUACACCAGCUUACAACUUGGUUGCGUUGCCGAGAAUUGGAGUCACCAGUCUAGUGACCACGGCGCUGUUACUGAGGGUGCCGCCAUUAUGUAUAACAUAACAGGCGCGCAAAAUUGGACUGAAGCAAUGGUAAGCUUAGUACGGGGAUCCUCCGCCGUGCAAAUAGACAAUAUUCUCGUGGAAGACAAAUGCGUGAACGCCUGCAGACCGAUUUCACGCUUCCAGAAAGGCAUCGCAGCACGUUCUUUUGCUCGCGCCGUACUCUUCGCGCCCUGUGCUACCCAAACUCUCAGAACAAUGCUCGAGGCUUCCGCCAAGGGAGCUGCUAGUGCCUGUGAGGGAACUGACGACAUACGGUGCGAAUUCACUUGGCUUGAUGGGGGUGCUGAAUGGAAUAGUCUUAGUGCUACUGCUAGCGACGGCAACUUGGCUGAGCUAUUCAAUAGUUUGGAAGCGGUACAAGGCUUGUUGUAUCCGUUGGCCAAGGGUUUGAGGAAUGUCAAUGGAACGAUUACGGGAGGACAUUGCAGUGGUGAUCCGACUCAGAACAAAGAUGUGUCUAGCACAUCGGAUGCUGGUACCCCAGAGAAGACUGGGACAGCGAGUACCGUCGCAGCUAGUAUUACAGCUGCUCUUGCUGUUGCUUUCGCAGCAGCACUUAGCUUCUAA